AUGCAACAUUUGUAUUUAUCAUCAGUCAAAGUUAAUCUAACAAAACGCUUCGUCAAUUUAAUUUUCUUCCGUACAAAAACUAAUACGCCGAUUGUAUCAAAAGCAACACAAGACAUAAAAGAAGCAGCGAAAGAGCAUGUGCGAGAACUUCGCCGUGAAUUCGAUAGACCCAUUAAAUUUUCUACGAGUCGCGCUAAAUAUUGGGACACAGCAGAUUCGAUAGUUUUUAAUCGUCAUAUUGGAAAAUUUACACGACCAGUAUUAAUUGUUACUGUUUUAAUAAAUAUGUUCUACUGGGGUUAUUAUCGAGAAGAAAAUGAUAUCGAUGAAAUGCUUAGUCUCGAAGCAUGGCAAAUAUUUCCACGGCUUAAUUUAGAAUAUCUUAAAGUUGCCGAAAGACAAUAUCGCGAAGCUGGCCUUGAUACAAGUCAAAUAGAAGUAAAGAAGAAGAUGAUUCAAGAUCUUUUUCAACCACAGCUAAAUGAAGAAGUUCGAGUCAAAAUCGUCAAAUGA